CUGUAAAUUAGACAACCAAAAGGUUUUGGCUGCAAUUUAAUAAACUACGAUCGGUUGUUGGGAAUCUUGUAUUUUAGGCUUGGAUGACACGCACCCAAAAGAAGAAAAGAACAUGUCCUCAGUUGACUAAUCAAAACACCUUGCUUCCCAAGUUUUCCCACCUCCAAAGCUCUAUAAACUCCUAUAUAUAAACAUGGUCCAUUAUCAUUUCUAAAACAAAUUCAACCAUUUAAGCUCACAAGAUACUCAACCAAAAAUGAAGAGAGAAGGUCGUCAACAUGGUAUGGUUCGCACAUACCCAAUUUUACCCUCUCCAUGGAACCCAAAACCCGAGGUCAGGUACAUCAACAAGUCCAAUUCACCACCAACAGCUGGGCUUUUCACAAAGGUCCCAACUAAGCCCUCUAACCAUUCCAAGUUUACAGGCAAGUGUGGUAGGCCCAGGUGCAUCAGUUGCCAUAUUCAUCUAGCUGGAAAAUCAAAGGACAAAACUAAAGGCACUCAAAAGUUAAAGAGACGUGGCGAUGUCGUGUCGUUGGUUACGUGGAGGGUUGUUGAUGCUAGGCCUGGGUUGAAUUUUUCUGGGUUUUCGGCUACUGGGCUUUUGGAUCAUUUGGAUAAUACUGAUUAUUAUUCUUAUUACAUGGAUAAUCAUUAUGAUCAUGGAAUUUACUAUGAUGCCCCUGCUGAGAUUGAUGAUUGUGAAGAUAAUGGGGUUGAUGAUGAUGAUGAUGGUGAAGAAGAAAAAAUGAGUUUCAUUGAGGUGGGAUUUUUGUGGGAAAAUGUUGAAGAAGAUGGAGAUUGGUGUGUUGUUGAAAGAAUCUAAUUCGGUUCCUUUCAAUUCUAUGUAAUUUGUAUUUACUAUUUAAAAAAUGUACAUUUCUGUAAUUGUAUUUACUGUCAAAUAUAUUGUAACAUUGAUAUGGCAUUAGUUUGUGUGAAAA